AUGCAACAUAAUGAAAAACCUAAGCAUUUGGUGGUGACAUAUUCUAGUGCAUUGUACUCCACUUCCUCUGCUAAUGUAAUAUGUUUUGGUCACCCUCAUUUUCCUAUAUAUUAAGCAACUUUCUUGCUUAUUUUUAACUCAUCGCAACUCGGCUAUCAACUAUACGGUUAUGGAGGGAGCUGAACUGCGUAAAGGGCCUUGGCACGAGGAAGAAGACGACCAGCUAGCUGCCUCUGUUGCUGUUUUGGGCGAUAAAAGAUGGGAUGCAUUAGCCAAAGCAUCAGGGCUAAGAAGAAGUGGCAAAAGCUGCAGACUGCGAUGGAUGAACUAUCUCCGUCCCAAUUUGAAGCAUGGCAACAUCUCCGUUGAAGAAGAGCGAAUUAUCAUCGAACUUCACCAGAAAUGGGGAAACAGGUGGUCCAAGAUUGCAAGGAGAUUGCCUGGAAGAACUGAUAACGAGAUAAAGAACUACUGGAGAAGUUACUCAAAGAAGAAAGCUCCACCAGUGGAGAAAGAAUGCGGUAGCACGAGACCAGAAUGUGCAACGAAAAGUCCAAUGAAGAAUGACGUAAGUGAUGCAAUGAGAUCACCUUAUGAGGCCAGGUUGAUAGAGUGGAUGUCAAACUGGCCUACGGAUGGCUCCUUCGACUGCAACAUUUACAGUCCGGAAUGGAUCUCCGGAGACUGGGAUAUUUCUCUCUGGGGUGGAGACUGAGAUUUAUGUAGUUAUACAAAAAGGAUUAUACAUAUGCGUACAAUCUACUAUUACUAUAAACAUAUCAAUCAACUAAUUGUACUCUAAUUUCCAAAUAUUUCAUGCUGCCAAUAAUUCUUUUAUAUAAAUACAUUUCGGGUCUUUAACUCAUCCCUACUCCGAUUUUUCUCUUCUUCGACAUCCUCUUCUUGGGUUCUCCGGCGAGUCUAAGGCCUAUAGGAAUAACCAUAAGACAUACAUAUAUCAAGAAAAUAAAAGUAAAACUUGUGGAGGGGCUUCAGUUCAGCCACUGUCAACAUCAAUUGUCCAACUACAAUUCCUCAACAUUUACCAUCAAAUCUAAUAAUACCAAGAUAAGACAUUAUAAAAUUUAACUGAUGA